AUGACGUUCCGAAACAUUUUCCUCCUCGUCUUGUUGACGGCUUUGGUCGGCAUCGACGCGGUACCAGGCAAGCUCAAUGACGACUGUCCAAACUGCGCUGAAGAGAGCACGUUGUCCGGCCAAAUGAGAUGGACAAUGCCGCUGCUCAAGCUCGGCGAAAAGAGAUACUAUCUGGGCAUUUUCUUCAAGGCCAACUGGUACAGAGCGGCGCAGUACUGCCGCUACCACGGAAUGCACUUGGCCAGCAUCAACUCGCAGGAGGAGAACGACAAGCUGGAGAAGCACAUCAAGGACUUUGGCCUGGGACACGAGCACUUCUGGACGUCCGGUACCGACCAGGGCGAGGAGGGCACCUUCUUCUGGAUGGCCAACGGCAGACCCGUGUCCUUUGAGAAUUGGAAUACCGGCGAGCCCAACAACUUCCGGUACGAAAACGGCGAGGAGGAGCACUGCCUCGAGCUGUGGAACCGCGACGGAAAGGGCCUCAAAUGGAACGACAGCCCUUGCAGCUUCGAGACUUACUUCGUCUGCGAGAUCCCUUGAGUGCGCGACUCUACUCAACUUUCGCAAAAAGUCGACCAUCCAACGCUCGAGAUUUUAAAAAGCAACACCAA